AUGUGUGCGUGGAGGACGUGCAAUACGACUCAAGAGGAGCAGGUGGAGUAUUGGAGAAGGAUGCACAUGCGCAUGGAUGACGUCGGACCGAUUCCACGAUGCAUCUUUCAAUUCAAUGAAUAUGAGACCCGCGUGCGUGACAUCAAGAACAUCCUGGCAGGUAUCGACGCCUCAAAUGCUGUACAUUAUGGGAUGAUUGGAGGUAGGGAAAUGUGUCCCUCGAAUGACGCUUCUCACAAACUUGUGAAAGUUGUCAGAUUAAUAACACAAAAAGAUGUUGAGGAGUUUGUUAACCUGCCGGCCUGUUUUUCCAUUGAAAGCAAAUUAAUUGGAAGGUUGCUCGAAGUGGAUGAGGAGAAUGACAUUAUUUUGUGA